CCGGAUGCGCCGCCGGGGGAGGAAGAGCCGAAGUCGCCGCCAGAAGGCGCUGGGCGAGGGGGAGGGCGCGGAGCGGCGGCAGCGACCCGGGAAGGAAACGGUUCGGAGAUCCCUCAUCCCGAGAGCGAGACAGGGCCGGAACGCGACAGAGUCAACCAUGAUGGAGGAACCCAAAAGGUCCUCAAAGAGCCCAAAGGCCGGCGCAGAGCCAGGACCGCGACCAGGGAGAAGAAGCUCGCGUGCGACGAGUGCGGAAGAAGCUUCGACCGAAGGUCCAAACUCAUCAUCCACCAACGGAUUCACACCGGAGAGAAACCCUAUGAAUGCCACGAGUGCGGGAAGUGCUUCAGGCAGAGCGCCCACAUCGUCACCCACCAGAAGACCCAUGUGGUAGGAAGGCUCCACGAGUGCGCCAUGUGCCAGAAGAGCUUCCCGGAGAGGUCGUUGCUCCUCCAGCACAAGAAGAUCCACGUACGAGAAAAACCUUUCCAGUGCCAGGAGUGCGGGAAAAGCUUCAUCUACCGGUCAGGGCUCCUUCUUCAUGAGAAGGUUCACGUGACGGAAAAACCCUACGGGUGUUCCGAGUGCGGGAUACACUUCGAGGAAGAAGCCAAGCUCCACCAGCACCGACAGCGGCACAUGAGGAAGCGGCGCUACAAGUGCCAGGAGUGCGGGAAGAGGUUCACCUCCAGAUCCUACGUGGUCGUCCACCAACGGAUUCACACGGGGGAAAGACCCUACAAGUGCCCUGAGUGCGGGAAGAGCUUCGGCCACUGCUCCAGCCUUUCCCGGCACCGGAAGAUCCACGCGGGGCAGAAGCCCUACAAGUGCGAGGAGUGCGGGAAGAGCUUCAUGCUGAGCACGCAGCUCACCAUCCACCAGCGGCCUCACACCGAGGAGAACCCCUACCACUGCUCCGAGUGCGAGAUGUUCUUCAAGGGGAGGUCAACGCUCUACCGGCACAUGCGGGUGCACUCGGGGGUGAAGCACUACAAGUGUGACGAGUGCGGGAAGAGCUUUGGGUGGAGCAAGGACCUCAUUGCCCACCAACGCUACCACACGGUCAAGAAGCCCUACCAGUGCUCCCAGUGCGGGAAGGUCUUCAGCAAAAGAUCCAAGUUCAUAUGGCACCAGUGGCAGCACACCAAGGAGAAGCCCUACAAGUGCCAUGAGUGUGGAAAGAGCUUCGGGCGGAGCACGGAUCUCAUCGUCCACCGAUGGACCCACACUGGGGAGAAGCCCUACCCCUGCGCUCAGUGCGGGAAGAGCUUCGGCAGGAGAUCCAGGCUCGUCGCACAUCAAAAGGUGCACGGAGACCUCCACAAGUGCCAAAAAUGUGGAGGAACCUUCCAACCCAACUCGAGCUUGG